UCGGCCCACCUUUCGUGCGAUUGGCAUAGGCACCAGUGGGUAGGGUUCCGGCGCCGUCCACUACCGGCGCCGCCCCGAUACACAUACUGUGUGCGCCCUUCCUGCUCACUCUCCUGGCCGACCCCGCCCUCUUUCGGUCCCGCCCAAACCGCGCCGCCCGGCCAUCCGGUCACCAUCCCACCUACGCGACGCUACCCUUCUCCCACACAGUAGCCAGAUCGAAAAAGCGUCUUGCGUUGCCAAUCCAUGUCGGACCCAAUGGAGAUUGAGAUCGAGGGUAACCCAAUGGGGAACAACUCGCAGUACAAGAUGAUCGAAGUACUCGGGAGGGGCUCCUUUGGCCGUGUAUACAAAAUGAUGCACAUUGCCACUAACAAAAUUGUGGCAGUUAAGCAUCUUUUCUAUCCUGGAGAUCAGGAUGGGCUGAAUCCUCAUUUCAUUCGUGAGGUGGCCAAUCUCAAGAAGCUGUCGGCGUGCCCACAAGUUGUCACUCUGCUCGACGACUUCACACUAGAUGGCCAGACGGGCAGAUCCCAGGCUGCAUUCUUAGUAUUGGAGUUCAUGGAGUCGGAUCUAGAAAGAUUCAUUCAACGAUAUGACCCAAUGAAUCCAACUCCUGCCAGUACUGUAAAGAUUCUGAUGUACCAGAUAUGCAAAGGUGUGCAUGCGUGCCAUAAGGAGAGCCUUCUGCAUCGCGAUCUGAAGCCUAACAAUUUGCUUGUGAACAGUAGUACGCUGGAACUUAAGCUUGGUGACUUGGGUUUAAGUAGGGACUACUGUGAUCAUGUUGUUAGGGAACACACAGCAGGGUGGGUCUUCGUGAACUAUAAAUGUCCAGAGCUUUACCUUGGUGAACGCAAUUACUCCCGUGCAACUGAUAUGUGGUCUGUCGGCUGCAUUUUUGCGGAGCUGGUCACCACAAAGCAGCUGUUCCCUGGGCCCGAGGCAGAUGUGAUGCCCCAGAUUUUUAGGUUGUUUGGGACGCCUAAUGAGGCUAUAUGGCCAGGAGUAACAAGUCUGCCGAAGUGGUCGCAGUACGCACAUCUUCAAAACUACCCCACUGGAGAUUUGACUCAGGAAGUUCAUCGUCUGGACCCAGUUGGUGUAGAUCUUCUUAAGGGUAUGCUUCAAUAUGAUCCGAAAAAGAGAAUUUCUGCAAAAAGUGCUUUGGAGCAUCCAUAUUUCAAUGAUGUUGACAAACGACGUUAUUGAUUGAGUGGAGACAGUAGUGGUAAAGAUGAGUGAUUGGUUACUCAUUUGAAGAAGAUGAUUUGCAUGUUCUUGUUCUUUUAAUCCUCAGACUUUGUUAGUUAUUUUGUACCAAAUAUUCAAUAUUUAUCCAGUCUUUAGAAGUGAAGUACUAUUAGUUCUUUUAUUGUUUUUGAAAUUGUGAUGUCUCCAUGUGAAUGUAAGUUUACCGAAACAACUUUCUUACCAGCAUGGCUCAACUUUGAUGUGGAUGUAUAUACUCAUUUCCUUGAAACGAGAGGGGUUAAUGACA